GGGGAGCGGCGCGGGCACACGCGCUCGUCCCGGGCGGCCCCGCGGUCCGCACCCGAGAAUGCUGCGGCAGGCGCUCCGCGGAGGGCUGCGGGCGUGCGGCCGCGGGCUGGGCGUGUGCGUGGGCCGGCACCCCGUCCUCUUCCUCACCGUGCCAGCCGUGCUGACCAUCGCCUGCGGCCUCAGUGCGCUGCGCCGCUUCCAGCCCGAGGGCGACCUGGAGCGCCUGGUGGCCCCCAGCCACAGCCUAGCCAAGAUCGAGCGCAGCCUGGCCGGCAGCCUCUUCCCGCUGGACCAGUCCAAAAGCCAGCUCUAUUCGGACUUGCACACCCCUGGGAGGUACGGCAGGGUGAUCCUCCUCUCGCCACCCGGGGACAAUGUUUUGCUCCAGGCCGAGGGGAUCCUGCAGACCCACCGAGCCGUGCUGGAAAUGAAGGAUGGGAGGAACAGUUUUAUUGGACAUCAGCUGGGCGGGGUAGUGGAAGUGCCCAACAGCAAGGACCAGCGGGUCAAGUCUGCCAGAGCCAUUCAGAUCACCUACUACCUCCAAACCUACGGCUCUGCCACCCAAGACCUCAUCGGGGAAAAGUGGGAGAAUGAGUUCUGUAAGCUUGUGAGGAAGCUCCAGGAGGAGCACCAAGACCUCCAGCUCUACCCUCUCGCAUCCUUCAGUCUCUGGAGAGACUUUCAUAAGACCAGCAUCCUAGCCAGAAGCAAGGUGCUGGUGAGCCUCGUGCUCAUCCUGACCACAGCCACGCUCUCCAGUUCCAUGAAGGAUUGUCUGCGCAGCAAGCCCUUCCUGGGCCUGCUGGGGGUGCUCACCGUGUGCAUCUCCCUCGUGACGGCAGCAGGGAUCUUCUUCAUCACGGAUGGGAAGUACAACUCCACCCUGUUGGGAAUCCCGUUCUUCGCCAUGGGUCAUGGGACAAAAGGAGUCUUUGAGCUUCUAUCUGGAUGGCGGAGAACUAAAGAGAAUUUGCCCUUCAAAGACAGGGUGGCGGAUGCCUACUCUGAUGUGAUGGUUACCUACACCAUGACCAGUUCCCUGUACUUCAUCACCUUCGGGAUGGGUGCCAGUCCGUUCACAAACAUCGAGGCCGUGAAGGUCUUCUGCCAGAACAUGUGUGUCUCUAUCCUGUUGAAUUACUUCUACAUUUUCUCUUUCUUUGGCUCCUGUCUGGUUUUCGCUGGUCAACUAGAACAAAACCGCUACCACAGCAUCUUCUGCUGCAAGAUUCCAUCUGCAGAGUACCUGGACCGCAAGCCCGUGUGGUUCCAGACAGUGAUGAGUGAUGGACACCAGCAGACAUCCCACCAUGAGACAGAUCCCUACCAGCACCACUUCAUCCAGCACUUCCUCCGAGAGCACUACAAUGAGUGGAUCACUAACAUCUAUGUCAAGCCAUUUGUGGUCAUCCUCUAUCUCAUUUAUGCCUCCUUCUCCUUCAUGGGGUGUUUGCAGAUCAGCGAUGGAGCCAACAUCAUCAACCUCCUGGCCAGUGAUUCCCCAAGUGUUUCCUAUGCCAUGGUUCAGCAGAAAUACUUCAGCAACUACAGCCCGGUGAUAGGAUUCUACGUCUACGAGCCCCUUGAGUACUGGAACAGCAGCGUCCAGGAGGACCUUCGGAGGCUCUGCAGUGGCUUCACCACAGUGUCCUGGGUGGACCAGUAUUACCAGUUCUUGAAAACCAGUAACAUCAGCGCCAGCAACAAAAGUGAUUUCAUCAGUGUCCUGCAAAGCUCAUUUUUAAAAAAGCCAGAGUUCCAGCACUUCCGAAAUGAUAUCAUCUUCUCCAAGGCAGGAGAUGAAAACAGUAUCAUUGCUUCCCGCUUGUACCUGGUGGCCAGGACCAGCAGAGACAAGCAAAAGGAAGUCAUUGAAGUGCUGGAAAAGCUGAGGCCCCUGUCACUUUCAAAGAGCAUCCGGUUCAUUGUGUUCAACCCGUCCUUUGUGUUCAUGGACCACUACAGCCUGUCUGUCACUGUGCCUGUGCUGAUCGCGGGCUUUGGUGUGCUGCUGGUGUUAAUCCUGACUUUCUUCCUAGUGAUCCACCCUUUGGGGAACUUCUGGCUCAUUCUUAGUGUCACCUCAAUUGAGCUGGGUGUUCUGGGCUUAAUGACAUUAUGGAAUGUCGACAUGGACUGCAUUUCUAUUUUGUGCCUUAUCUACACUUUGAACUUCGCCAUUGACCACUGUGCACCCCUGCUUUACACGUUUGUAUUAGCCACUGAGCACACCCGAACACAAUGUAUAAAAAGCUCACUGCAAGAGCAUGGGACAGCCAUUUUGCAGAAUAUUACUUCUUUUCUUAUUGGGUUGAUCCCCCUCUUCUUUGUGCCUUCAAACCUGACCUUCACACUGUUCAAAUGCUUGCUGCUCACUGGGGGUUGCACACUUCUGCACUGUUUUGUUAUUUUACCUGUGUUCCUAACCUUUUUCCCUCCUUCCAAAAAGCACCACAAGAAAAAGAAACGUGCCAAACGAAAGGAGAGAGAGGAAAUUGAAUGCAUAGAGAUUCAAGAGAACCCCGACCAUGUCACCACAGUCUGAGAGCAGAGUUUUCCAGUAUUUUCUUUUCCAGUAUUGCACAAGAUGCAGGAGGAGGAGCUCAGACCUCAGCUGCUUGGGCUGGCCAGGGGUAACAAGGCAAGUCAGACGAGAGCACCCCCGUGAUAUGCAGUGUCUGCCUCUCAGGGGGAAGAGAGAAUCAAACAGGAGGAAUGUUCUUUGCAACCUUGUUCUCCAUGAAAGAUAAAUCUCCGGAUGUGAUCUUAGAGCUCUUCCAAGGAAUGGCAAAAGAAGCAACUGCUUUUAAAAAGAAAAAGCUUAGGAAAUACGGAGAAGAGAACAAAGGUGGCCUCCAAAUAGGGAAAGCGACUUAGGAAAUAUCCAAAUUGCCACGUCACGUUCUGUGUUUGCUUGUCGAACAGGUUGGUCAGAGGAAACCUAUGCACUUGGGAAGUACAUAUUUAAUCUCGUCUAAACCAAAGGACUUCCCAAUCCAUUGUAUGUGUACAUAUAUAUAUGUAUAUAUGCCAUAUAUACAUAUGCUUAGACUUAUCUUUCACAUACAUUGAUGUUUGCGUGCAGGAAGGUGCCCAUUUGCAGACAGUCUGGCCUAGACCAAGAGUCAAAUCAACUUUAGCCAAAUACACACAAUUCAUUGAUAACCAUGCACAACCAACUCCGGGGUCUAGGCAGCAGCCAAGUGGCAUGCAGUUGUGUGAUAAGUGAGGUACAAAAGAGAUUCCAAUUAGACUCCAUAUAUCGCAUUGCUGGUCAUCAAGAUUCUAGCUUGGGAUGAUUUUGCAUUAGCACUACUUACCACACAGAUGGUAUUUAAAGGUUCACACUAAAGCUACAUAGUUGAUAUGGCUUUCCAUUGGCCUUUAAUGGUUCUCUGCAUUUUGGGUGGGGGCUGGUGUGGCUUCUUAUAGAGCGCUCACACAUCUGCAAAUGGACACUUUACACACAAUGUCUGUAAGUGUACACAAAUGUGAGUGUGUGUAUAAGAGAGAAAAUUCCAUAAUUAUAGCUUUCUUAUUUUAGAUGGUGAAAAUGUACUGCCAUGAAAUAUAAUUAACACAGAAGAAAGGAAACAUGGCUGGGAGUCACCACAGAGUGAAACAGAAUAAAGUGACCCUCACCACUCGUGGUGCAUCAUCAGUGGUUCCCAGUGUAAGGAGAGUGUUUGAAUGUUAUUAAUUCUAGUGUGCUCCUUGCACUGAUUCACCCAGGCCAUGGUCACCAUAACUGCUGAAGUAUCAUUUUGUAGCUUCUUGCAAUAUCAUACUUGUCGUUUAGGGAGUAAUCCUCAAGAUGAUCACAGCUCUCCAUAGAUGGCAUAUUAAAUGUAACCACUGCUAAAUUCUUUCUUUUAAAAAAAAUGGUACUGAGGCAAAUGUUUCCUCUGGGUUAAACAUUUAAAACUCUUCCCUAGCAGACAGAAUCUGUCUGCUGGGUGCUUAUUUGGAUUAAUGCUAUGCUUGCUGUUGGAGGAAAUUACUAAGAAAUACCUUUUCCUAUGCCAAGCAGUAACAUAAUUUAUUUCCAGGUAGGACAGAACAAAUUACCAGUGAUUAUAAAAUCUGCUAUUAAGCUCUUUUACCUGAUGAAAGCUGCUUUCC